GCCAGGCAGCUGUUGUGGCGGGAGGAGGCGCCCGCCCACGCGCCCCUCGGCGGUUCCUCGGAGAACUUCGUUUGUGACGGAGGUGGCGACGUGAGAUGGGGGAGGAUAGCGAGCUUGACAGAGGGAACAGACAAAGGGAGCGUCAGUCAUAGUAAUUCUUCAGGGCAUUGCCAUGGUUACCAAACACAGAGUCCAGUGCUCCAGCCUGAACAUUCCAGAAGAAGACGGAGGAGCUGAGAUGGCCUUCUUCAACUUGUAUCUGUUGGGGUAUCAAAAUUCCUUUCGGAACAAGAAAAGGGACACAACUGAAGAAGCAAACCAGAAGGAACCAGUGCCCACUAGGCUUCCACCUAUUAUCUCAGAAGAUGGGAAUUAUUCCGUGCACCAGAAUAGCCACACAAAGUACCAUGAAGCUGUAAAGAAGGUGCUGUUAAAGACGUUUCCCAAUCAGGUCUUCAGAGUCCCCUUAACGGAUGCUCAGAACUUCAGCUUCUGGCGGUCCCAUGAUCCAGGAGUGCGUCCAGAGGAAACCAUGCCAUGGAUCCGAAGCCCCCGCCACUGUCUCAUUAAAAGCCCAAUGACCAGGUUUAUGGAUCACUCUGUUCUUAGUGACAGGCACUUCAGUCUGUACUGAGCAGGAUGUGUUUGCAGAAGGGCAAGAUGGACUGUGGAAGCAGGGCAAAGAAGGAGAAAGUGGGAGAAGGUGUCCUGGUUCCACUGAACGACUAAUGGGAGGAGGGGAUCCCAAAAGCAGAGUAAACAGAUUGGACUAGAAGUCACUUGUGUGUACCGGAAGGAGGGGAGAUUAUUCUAAUGCCCAAAUUCCUGUGAGAUCAGAUGUGUGUGGGCCAGAAUUUGGUGUUUGGUGUGGGAAGGGCCAGGGUACAGGGAAGACUGCCAAAGGCCUUGACCUCACGAAUGGCAGGUGUCAGAGUAACAAGUCUGGGAAGACACACACUGGUCCUCAUGAGGCUGAAGGGCCUAGAGUAGUCAUGAUCUCUGAAGACACUGCAGCUUCACCUUGGCAGCAAAACAGCCGGAGGAAGCCCAUUAAGCACAGAGGAAAGAGGUUCACAGCACUCUGGCAGGA